CGGGUCUUAUUGGCCGCUGAUUAGACCAGCCGGGGUCCACUAGCCCUGGGCUGCAGGGAGGCUGCUGCGUCCAGUGAACACUUCAGCACCUGUAGCACAGAAGGGCCAAGGAGCUGCAGUCCUCGACCAGCAGGAGGUUUGCUCCUCAGCCCACUCGCUGCAUCCAGAUCAGCUCACCCCUCUCCCUUCCCUGCCCACCAGGACUCUGAUAGCCCCUGGCUGCCACAGCCCAUUUUGCCAAGAUGUCUAGGGUAGCCAAAUAUCGCCGGCAGGUGAGUGAAGACCCCGAUAUCGACAGCCUGCUGGAGACCCUGUCUCCCGAGGAGAUGGAGGAGCUGGAGAAGGAGCUGGACGUGGUGGACCCAGACGGGAGUGUUCCCGUGGGGCUGCGGCAGAGAAACCAGACGGAGAAACAGUCCACGGGUGUGUACAACCGGGAGGCCAUGCUCAACUUCUGUGAAAAGGAGACCAAGAAACUUAUGCAGAGGGAGAUGUCCAUGGAUGAAAGCAAGCAAGUGGAGACCAAGACAGAUGCCAAGAAUGGAGAGGAAAGGGGCAGAGAUGCCAGCAAAAAAGCCCUGGGCCCCAGACGGGACUCAGAUCUGGGGAAGGAGCCAAAAAGGGGUGGUUUAAAGAAAAGCUUCUCUAGAGACAGAGAUGAAGCUGAUGGCAAGAGUGGCGAGAAGCCCAAGGAGGAGAAGAUCAUCCGGGGCAUUGACAAGGGCCGGGUCAGGGCUGCAGUGGAUAAGAAGGAGGCAGGGAAGGAUGGGAGAGGAGAGGAGAGGGCAGUGGCCACCAAGAAGGAAGAGGAGAAGAAAGGGAGUGACAGGAACACAGGCUUGAGCAAGGACAAGGAUAAAAAGAGAGAGGAGAUGAAGGAGGUGGCCAAGAAAGAGGAUGAUGAGAAGGUAAAAGGGGAGCGUAGGAACACAGACAUCAGAAAAGAGGGUGAGAAGAUGAAAAGAGCAGGUGGGAACACAGACACGAAAAAGGAGGAAGAGAAGGUAAAAAGAGGAACUGGGAACACAGACACCAAAAAAGAGGAUGAAAAAGUCAAGAAGAAUGAACCCUUACAUGAAAAGGAAGCCAAGGAUGACAGCAAGACCAAAACACCCGAGAAACAGACACCCAGUGGCCCCACCAAGCCCUCUGAAGGACCGGCCAAGGUGGAGGAGGAGGCAGCUCCCAGCAUAUUUGAUGAGCCUCUGGAGAGAGUGAAGAACAAUGACCCCGAGAUGACUGAGGUGAACGUUAACAACUCAGACUGCAUCACAAAUGAGAUCUUGGUCCGGUUUACUGAGGCUCUGGAGUUCAACACUGUGGUUAAGGUGUUCGCCUUGGCCAACACCCGAGCCGAUGACCACGUGGCCUUUGCCAUUGCCAUCAUGCUCAAGGCCAACAAGACCAUCACCAGCCUCAACCUGGACUCCAACCACAUCACAGGCAAAGGCAUCCUGGCCAUCUUCCGGGCCCUCCUCCAGAACAACACGCUGACCGAGCUCCGCUUCCACAACCAGCGACACAUCUGUGGAGGCAAGACGGAGAUGGAGAUCGCCAAGCUGCUGAAGGAGAAUACUACCCUGCUCAAGCUGGGCUAUCAUUUUGAGCUGGCCGGGCCCCGAAUGACCGUCACCAAUCUGCUCAGCCGCAACAUGGACAAGCAGAGACAAAAGCGGCUGCAGGAGCAAAGGCAGGCACAGGAAGCCAAGGGAGAGAAGAAGGAUCUGCUGGAGGUACCCAAGGCUGGGGCCGUGGCUAAGGGCUCCCCAAAACCUUCACCUCAACCAUCUCCAAAGCCCUCUCCAAAGAACUCACCCAAAAAAGGGGGUGCUCCAGCUGCCCCACCUCCCCCUCCCCCUCCCUUGGCUCCACCCCUUAUCAUGGAGAACCUGAAGAAUUCACUCUCACCAGCUACCCAGAGGAAGAUGGGAGACAAAGUCCUCCCUGCCCAGGAGAAGAACUCCCGUGACCAGCUAUUGGCUGCCAUCCGCUCCAGCAACCUCAAGCAGCUCAAGAAGUUAAGUAGUUGUGGGCAUGAGCCAACAGGGCGGGGCUGGGUAGGGCCUGGAGGAGAGGGCAGGACUGCAAAAGGGAAGGCAUGCAGAGGAGCUUAUGUCGGCUGCAGAUGAUAUAGACUCCCAGGGCCCAUAGGGGACUUCAGGUCAUCUCAUGCAUCCUCCUGCCUGCAGGCAGGUCACACCUGUAUAUCCCCUAGAGCUGAGACUCUACCCUUCCUUUAAGGAGCUUCCUUUAACCCCUCACUCCAUGCUUCUCUUUCAUUCUGCAAUGGAGAAUGAAUUUCUCCUUAAAAUGGAGAAAUGGCCUCUACAGAGUAGUUAAGUCUUCUCCAUUUCCCCAAACAAAAAUGAUCCAUGUUUUACUUAGCCUCCUCUCAGGACCAGCCAAGUCCUACAGGUCAGUCCAUCCGAAAGGUCUCUGGGAGGUUCACCUCUCAGGAGAGUCUACCUUUGCCUAGCCAGUGCCAGGGACACAGGAGCCAUCCCUGGACACCCUACUUCUCCAAGCCCUGCCUCCCCUGGAAGUCUGGCCUGGGUGAUGAAGUCCACGAUCGUUUGUCCAUUUGGUUGGAUACCCAACCCCCACAUCAUCAUCUGGGACAAGGUAUCAUGAGAUAAAGGAAAAUCUCAAUUGUAAUUCCAGUGGUCACUCGAUGACAUCCAAUUUUUACAGACAAUGAAAAAUGCUCCCUCAGUGUCAACACCUCAUUCACAUUCCACAGACAUAACAUAUUGCAGUGUCUUGUGUGUCCUUCCAGUAGGGAGGGAGGUGAGGUGGCUGAGCUCCCUUCUCUAACCUGUCUCUACUUUGCCCCUACAGGUGGAAGUGCCCAAACUGCUUCAGUAGGACCAGGCUGCCAGGCACCAUCUGCCAAUGCCAUGACUGCUCAGGCCUCACCUCCCAGGGCUACACAGACCCUGCCCACCCCAUCCCUGGCUGACCUGCUGUGGAUGUCCCUAUUCUGCCAUGGGAGAGUCAAGGCCUGGGUCACGCUCAAGGAAGGAUGCCUUAUCUCUUCUCACUUUCCUUUUCUUGUCUCUGAGGCUCUCCAAAUUUUGCUUUAAUACCUGGAGCUCAGGUUUCCGGACAAGAAGAGUCCUUUUAGCACAUCGCUGAGAAGAUGGCACUGUCCAGGGCCCACGUAGCUGGCAAGCUGCAAAAGGCCUGUGAUCCAGGAAAGAUGUCCCACAGGGACCACAUCCACCCCAGCCCCACUGCCCUCCAGGGCCAGGAUUCAGGCCUCUGAGGAGCCCACGGGGCAAAGCUGCUGGGCCAGUGGCAUUCUGUGUGGGAAAAUGGCAGAAAGAUGGAGAGGCAUGGGGGCCCAAAGGGGAGCGUGGGGAGGGGCUGAGGAUACCCCAAAGUCCAGGCUAAUUAGAGGAUGUGGCAGGGGCAGUGGCCUGGAUGCACAGUGCCUGAUGGGAGUAGGCUCCAGACAGGAGGAGUGGGACAGAGAGCAGCUGGACUUGAAGGUUUGAUGCCAAAGCAGACAUUUUCCUCACACCCACCUGCUGCUGUAUGAAUAGCUGUGUAUCUGUUUUUCCAUAAGAUUUUGAUAAUAUAUACAAACCUUUAGCUGUGAAUGGCUGUGCCCCACCUGUUGUCCUGAACUGCGAGUCCUGAUCCUAACCCUGGGCUCCCUGGAGGACUCUAGAAGCUCAGGUUCCCUGCCACACUAUUUGAGUUGGCCAAGAAAUAAAUUCACAUCCUCAGAAAGUGCAGCAUGGAGGAAAAUCUGAACUCUGAGCAGAAGACUCUCCACUGACCUGGUUGUCCAGGUCUAGAAGGCCAGGCCUCUACUAGGUCUGCUCCUGAACCAGUCCUGCUGCCUGGAGUCAGUAGCCAGAGUUGUUCUCAGGGGUGCUGGGCAGAGUGGAGCCCAGGGUGCUGGGAUGGCUAUAUUAGGCAUGUUCAGGGAUGCUCAUUCCAUGACUCUGCCUAACCAUGGGCUCAGGGCCAGGUCCUCACAGCAGUCACAGGCCCAGGAAGGCGGCAGGCAGAGAAGUGGAGUGACUAUUUGGAGAAUAGCACCCAUAUCUGUGUGCCCUAGGGCUCAGAGGGGCCUCAUCUUCCCCAGCCCUCCCCACCUGCUCACCAAUUCCACUUCCUGCCCCAACUGCAGGAAUGCUGACAAUGCUGCCAUGCCCACCAUCGGGUGUAGGUGAAAGGCAUCUUUCUGAAUUUCAUUAUCUUGAAGGUGCUGCCACCCCUUGGCACUGUGGAACUGCCACCUUGGGUCUGUGUCACUUGUAGGUUUCUCUGCCUCAUGGUUGCCUCAACAGCAGGAGGCACAGCAGUUUCACCAUCUUUGAGGUGAGGGUGGGGUGCCCCAGCUAGGAAGCAAGAUCGCUGUGCUAGGUCUGACCAAAACCAGAGGGCAGUCUAGUCCUGGGGGUAAAGCCCUCAGAUCCCAGGGCACACUCUUCUCCAUUCCCUCCACCCACUUGCCUGUCACCCCAGUCACCUAAGCAAUCACUGGGCCCAGAGGAGAGGAGACAGACACACACUGGCUCCUGGACCUAAAGGGUAUGAGCUGGAGCUAAGGCCAGCUAGAGCUUCCACUGUCAGCCCUCACUGUCAGCCCCACUGCACCCCCUGUGCCUGCUGGGCACUGGGCACUAGCUAGAUGCUUUAGGUUGCUUCAGCUGAUCCUUCAACUCUGUGAGGUGGAUACCAAUAUUCUAUUUUGCAGAUAGAAUUUGGCCCAGAGAGGUUAACUAAUAUAUCCACGAUCACACAGCUAAUAAAAGUCAGAGCUCA